AUGGUGUUCAUGUUGUUCGAGGCACCACCGUAUGCUGGAAAGGCUUGGAAGAAGGUGGAAACUGGAAUGACUUCCAUUGAAUUAACGAUUAAUUGCACAAAACUAUGUAGUGAUCCAAUGCCAGUCGACUAUUUCAAUGCGACGAUGACAUACAGGAAUGACUCUGAUUACCCUCUGCCUUAUGGAAAGUUCGUAAGGCGUACUCCUCUCGACAAGGAGCAAAGUUUUUUCACAGAAAACCAGGUGAUACUGCAUGCCUUUAAAGGAUGGGCUCGUUAA